AUGACGACUUCCGAAAACACAACGGUGCAAGUUGCACUUCGAAUAAGACCAUUAACGGCCGAAGAUUUGGUAAAUUUACCCACACGAUUUCAAAGAAAUGUUCUCUCAACGACAUUAUUCGCUCCAAAUCAAGUCACUGUUCUAGGUGAAAAGAAACAAACUUUCACAUUUGAUCAUGUAUUUGGUCCUGAAUCAUCCCAAAGAGAUAUAUAUGAUCGCUGUAUUAAAAGUAUGGUUGAUAAAUUCUUAGAAGGAUUUAAUGUUACCAUACUGGCAUAUGGUCAAACCUCUUCCGGUAAAACUCAUACUAUGGGUACUGCCGAUAGUUUGUCUUCUCUUCCAGAAUCAAGAGGUAUAAUCCCGCGGUCAAUGGCUACACUCUUUUCAUACAUAAAUUCUGCUCAAUAUAAAAAUCGAAAAUUCACUAUGAAGGUAUCUUUUGUGGAAAUAUAUAAUGAAGACUUGAUUGAUCUUCUUAGCGAAGGUGAUGAUGAAUGUAAACCUCAAGUGUUGAUAAGAGAAGAUUCUAAAGGAAAUAUCAUUUGGAGUGGUUUACAAGAAAUUAAAGUUAGCACUGCCGAAGAAGUUAUGACUCAACUAUCACGUGGUUCGGCAAGUCGGCAAGUGAGUGCGACGGAUAUGAACGCUCAAUCUUCGCGUUCACAUGCUAUUUUUUCUGUUACUCUCUCUCAACAAAAGUUUAUUCCAUCUGGUGGUGGUGGUGGUCCAACAAGUCCAACCCCAACUCCUUUAUCACGUCCAUCAACUCCAAGUAAAUUUGCUGAUUCAAGGCUCGGUUCUCCUCCUUCAAGAGCUGGUUCUAGAAUGGGUAAACGUACUGAUGAUGGUGAUUGGGUUUCUGUAACGAGUAAAUUUCAUUUCGUCGAUUUAGCUGGUAGUGAAAGGCUUAAACGUACAUCCGCGAUUGGUGAUCGUGCAAAAGAAGGAAUUUCAAUUAACUCUGGUCUUUUGGCAUUGGGUAACGUAAUUUCUGCUUUGGGUGAUCCAACAAAAGCAAAAAGUACAACACAUAUUCCUUAUAGGGAUUCAAAACUUACUCGAUUAUUACAAGAUUCUCUUGGUGGUAACGCUCAAACUUUAAUGAUUGCUUGUGUUUCUCCUGCUGAAUAUAAUAUAUCUGAAACAGUAAAUACUUUAAAAUAUGCUAAUCGUGCAAGAAAUAUAAAAAAUGUUGCUACCGUAACUCAAGAAGAAGCUGGUUGGCAUGAUUUAGAACAUUUACAACAUUUAGUUAUAAAAUUAAGAACUGAAAUUAAAAAUUUAAAACUUUCUUCUGGUAUUACUCCUACUUCGGGUAGAAGUACUCCUUCUGAUGUUAUUAAUAUUCAUUUAGAAGCUCUUGAAGAUCAAUUUUCUGAAUUACAACGUUCUUAUUCUGAAUUAAAAACUGUUGCUCCUGUUAUUGCUGAAUAUGAAAAAUCUAUUAAUGAACUUGAAAGUCAAUUAAAAAUUGCUCGUGCUUCUUUAAGUACUACUGAAAAAUUAAUGCAAGAUCAAGAAAUGAAACUUGAAGAGGCUGAUGAUUUAAAUUCUAGAAAUAAAACUUUAAUUACUGAUCUUAAAAAUAAAAUUUCAAAACUUAAUGAACGUGAAGAAACUACUGAAAGUUAUAUUAAAGAUCUUGAAGUUAAACUUGAUUCUCAUGCUAGUGAACAAAAAAGAGAUCAAGAAAUUAUAAAUGAUCUUAGAAAUAAAAUUUCUCAACUUCGAACUAAUGGUGAAAAUAAUGAAGGAAUUAUUCAAAAAUUAGAAACUCGUUUAUCAAGAAGUGAAAGUAAAGCUGAAAUAAUGAAUGAAACUGCUCAACAUCUUGAAAAAGCUUUAAUGGAAAGAGAAGAUGCUUACGCUAAAUUAGAAGCAAAAUAUAAAAGAGAAAAAGCUCAAGAUGAACAACAACAAAAUUUAUUAAUGACUGAAAUUGAAGAUAGAGAUCGUAGAAUUGCUCAACUUGAGAAAAAAGUUGAUGAUCUUAUCUCUGAAAUUGCUCAAUUCAAAAAACUUAAAGUUGAUGUUAAUAAGGCUCCUCGUCAUUAUUCAAUAGUAUUGAAUCUUGAAUCUAAACUUUAUGAAUUACAAAAAACUCAUGAAAAAACUGUUUCGGAGUUUUCCGAACUUAAAGAAAGAUAUCAAUCAUGUCUUGGAGAAAUUGAUGAACUUCAAACUCAACUUCAAGAUGCAAAAGUAUUACAUUUUGAAGUUAAUAUUGAUAAUGAUGAUUCAUCUCCAACGACUAACCAACCUGAUAAUGGUUAUGAUUCAAAUUCAUUAUCACCCCCUAAUUCUGGUUCUCAUCGUAAAUCAAGAUCACUUUCUGCUGAAAUUCAAGGUGCUGAAAAACGUGAACUUUCAAGUUUAGCAAUGAUUCAAAAACUUCAAAUUGAACUUAAACAAUUGGAAUCAUUACAUAAGGAUAAAGCUGAUGGUUUAGACGCUGUUAAAAAAGAAUUUGCUCGAUUAGAAGUUAAUCAUCUUGAAACUCUUGAAAUUGUUGAAGAACUUCGUGAAGAAAUAAAAAGGAGAGAUGCUCUAGCUCAAAUUGAAGUUAUGUCAGUAAUGACUUCUGAAUAUGCUUAUACCGAAUCUGGUUAUUCUGCUGCUACUAGUGAAAUAGAUCAACUAGAUAUUGUUCAUCGUCUUAGAGAAGAAGUUGAACAACUUAAAGAAGAACAAAGACGAAAUCUUGAAAUAAUCGCAAAAAAUGAGAAAGAUGAAGAUAAAAUUGAUGAAAUUUCGAAAAUUGAAUCAAAUAUCACUGAAUUUAAAGCUCAAAUGCAACGUAUGAUUGAUAAUAAUGGUACUGAAAAUGAUAUUCUUGUACUACAAUCCAGAAUUAAAGAAUUAGAGGAUGAACGAGAAACUCAAAGACAAUCUAAUGUCAAUGAAGCAGCAGCUCGUCUUGAAGGUGCAUUUACUGUAUCUGAUGAAAAUAAUGAAAUAUUAGUAUUACGACAACAGGUUGAUAAACUUCAGGGUGAAAUUGAAUCAAAAAGUCAUACAAUAGCUGCAUUAUUAUACCCUACACAUGCUGAAACUUUAGAGAAAAAAAUCAAAUCUCUUGAAGAACAAUUAAUUAAAGCCAAAGAAGUUCCAAGUUUUCCUUCUCCACGAGAUUCUAUAAUUAAUAGUUCUGACCCAACUUACCAAGCUGUUGGUGGUCUUCAGGAAAAACUCGCUACGUUGAAACAAGAGCUUGAUCUUAAAUCAAAAACCACGAAAAAUUUACAAAAUGAACAAGAAAUUGUGACUGUACUUCAAGAACAACUUGAAACACUCAAAUUGGACAUUCAUCAUAAAUAUGAACUUAUCGAAAUACUUAAACGUGAUCUUGUUGAUAAGGCAAACAUCCAACAACGAUUAAAAGAAAAGGAGGCUGAAGCAUUAGUAUUUAGAUCUAAACUUAUGGAGGUUCAUAAACAAGAAACCGAACUUGAAAAUGAAAUGAAUAAACUUAAAACAAGAUUAGAAAAGCUAGAAAAUGGUGAGGAUGUGAAUAAAGUUCUUCAAACAGAAUUAGAAACUUUAAGAAAAGAACUCAAGGAUGUUCGAGCUAGGGAAGCAGUUACACUUGAUAGACUUCAUGUUCUCAAAGCAAGGUUGGGAUCCGAUCAAGAGGAAACUCAUUUACAAGAACAAUUAGAACAUUUACGUGUUGUUGAAAUUGCUCAAAGAGAAAGGAUUACAAUCUUGGAAGGAAGACUUUCUGAACAAGGUGGACAAGUUGAUGAAGAUUUUAUUAAAUUAAAAACUGAAUUAGCACUUGCACGUGAAUCUGAAUCUGCACAAAAACGUACUAUUGAAAAUCUAGAGGUUAAACUUAAAAAAGCUGAAGAUAGAUCCCAAUUAACGACUCUUAAACGUGAGAUUGCUUCAUUAAAAUCUAAGGAAGCCGAGCAAAUUAAGAAAAUAAGAGAUUUAGAAUUUCAAUUGAAUGAAUCAGUCAAUAAAGAUUCAUAUCAAGUUAAACUAUUAAAAGAAGAAAUUGAAAAUCUAUGUGAAAAUGAACGAGAACAACGUAAACAAAUUGAAACUCUUGAAUCUCGGUUAGAACUUAUUAAAAAUGAAGAUCCAAAUAUUUCUGUUUUAAGAGAUCAAAUUGCCGGAUUAAGAGCAUCAGAAGCAGACUUACGAAGAACUGUUCAAGAUUUAGAAUCAAAAUAUAUCUCUGCUCAAAAGGAAAUAAAGGUCUUUGAAACAGUGAAGGAAGAAGUAGCAUUUUUAAAACAACUUGAAUCUGAACAAAAGACGACAAUUGAACAACUUCAAUCGCAACUUCGUAAAAUUAGAAAUUCAAAAGAGACUGCUGUCAAAGAACUUCAAUCUAUGAAGGGAGGUUUUAGUCUCCAAAAAGAACUUGUGGUGUCUUUAGAGGAUGAAUUAAAAACACUUAGACAAGAUUUAGCAUUUGCCAAAGAGAAUACCAAUUCAUCAACGGAAGAAUUAGAGAAAAUAACAAUUUUAUUAAAAGAUACCCAAAAACAACGAGAUGAUGGACAAAGACGUGUCAAAGCUUUGGAAAUUGAAGUUGAAACUUAUAAGCUUGCAGGAGCUGCUGGUAAUGAAAAUGUGGGAAAUUUACGUGAAGAGUUAACUAAUGUUAGACUUGAGAUAGAAUCUAAUCAAAAAGAUGCCAUUAGGGAAUUAGAAUCUACUUUGACGAAUUUGGAAACUGAAUUGGUCAUGGCUAAGGAUUCUUCAAAAAUUAACAAGGAAACUAUUUCUAAUCUUGAAGAAAAACUUUCAAUAGUUCGUUUACAAUUAAAAGAAGCCAAAGAUUCUGAUGAAAAACGGACCAAUGUGAUCAAAGAAUUGGAAAUCAAAUUUAAAGAAGCAACAAAAAAUUUAUUAGAAAAAGAAAGCAGUGUCAGCAAUCAAGAUAAACUUGUUGCUGAGCUGGAAACGUUAAUACAAAAUACUCAAACCGAAUUACAAUCUGUAAAAGUAUCGGAAAGUGAAGCUAUUGGACGCAUAAAAAUACUUGACGCUAAGCUUGCUGAAGCAACAAAGAUGCAAAUUAAUACUUUUGCAGCUGAACUUGAAGCAUCAGAAGCUGAACUUAAUAAAUUUAAAUCUUAUGAAGUCAAACACGUCCAACAUAUUAAAAGUUUGGAAAAUAAACUUCAAGAAGUUCAAAAUCGUCAUCAACAGGAAAUUUCUAAACUUAAACAAGCAGAAGAAGAAAUUUCAUCACUCCGAGAGAAAUGUGCACAAUUACAAGAAGAGAUUGGUAAUGCUCAUCGUGAUUCUGUAAUUCAGAGUUAUGAGAACAUCGAUAGUAAUAUAAUUGAAGAGCUUACUAGCCAACUUAAAAAAGCUCUAAGUCAAGUUCAAGAGCAACAAGAUCGUGUCACAGAAUUAGAGAAAACUACCAAACAACUUGAAUCAGAAAAGAAAAUACAAUGCGAACGUAAUGAAGAUCUUGAAGAUCAAGUUGAACAAUUACAAAAAGACCUUGAAACACUGGCUGAAGAGUUUGCAGAAGCCGCUUCUAAAUUUGAAGAUGCUGAUGAGUUAUCAAAACAACAAAAGUGUCGUAUUGCAGAAUUGGAAAAUGCUUUGCAAGAAGCAAAGAAAGAUUUCUCUGAUGACAUGGUUACAGACUUUAAUGGAACUGAGAAUACAAACCCAUCACUUGUUAAACUUGCAGCUGCAAAUGAACAAUUACGUCAGACGAAUGAUAUUCUGAACGCCAAAAUUGCCGAAGCAGAAGAACAAACACAAGUGCUAAAUGAUAAAGUCAAAUCCUUAGAGAAUGAACUUAUUCGACUUGGAUCAAGUGAUCAAGAAUCCAUUAAAGUAUUAAAAAGUAAGAUAAAAGAACUUGAAAUGGAAAAAAAUGGACUAGAAGAAGCUAAUGAGGCACUUUUUGAUGAACGUGGGAAACUUGAUCAAAAGAUUGAAUUCUUAAUGCAACAAUUACGAUCAGUGAGUACUGGAGAAAAUAAAACUGGUGCACAGGUUUCUGAAUUAAACGAACAGAUCGUUAAUUUGGAAAGAGAAAUUUUCGAUUUAAGGAAACAAACUUUAGCUGAUACAAAAGAAAUGGAGAAAGAAAUCACUAGGCUUUUAGAGAUCAAUGAUCAGCUUGAAAACGAAAUCAAGAUUAAUCCCAGAUCUUCUAAGGACAUUGGUAUAUUACCAGAAUCUGGUUCGCCUGAUGAUGAUAUAAGUUUACGUGAACAAUCCAAACUCUCACGUCAAGAAGUCACCAUUGCACAGCAAAAUAAUGUUAUAAAAGCUUUACAAGAUAAGAUUGCAGAACUUGAAGAAUCACGCAAGUUAUUACAAGAAGCAAAUGCUGAGGCACGUAAUUCUGCUUCAUCAAUAACGUCCAAUUCAUCAGAAACAAAGAAAAUUGUUCCUCAAAGUCCAAUCUCACCACCAUCAACACCACUCUUUCCACGUCCAGAUUCAAGACAUAGAUCUGAUUCUAGUACAUCGUCAGAACUCGCAGUAGAAAUACAAAAAUUACAAAAGAAAAUUGCAAAGAUGGAGAAUGAAAAUUUACAAAAUCAUCAACUUGUUGAAACAUUGGAGUCCUCACUUAAUGAUAACGAAACAAAUCUACGCGUAGCCAAACAACAAUUAACUAUAUUACAACGCGAGAAGCAAGAGUUCCUUGAACAGAUCAAGAAUUUAAGGGCGCAGUUAGAUGAUGCUCAACAACAAGUAGAACAAGCCAAAUCAACUGUACGAGAAGAAAAGAAAGUCAUGGAAAGUGUACUUGAAGAAGAACGCAAAGCCAAAGAAAAGGCUGAAAAGGCACGAAUAGCAAUUGAGAAUCAAAUGGAAAAACUCGUUGCAAAGAGAAACAAGUUUAUGUGUUUCUAA